UAAGAUUAGUUACGUUAGUUUACUUACGAUUGCUGACUAAACUAAAGCUAGUGUGUCAUCCUAGCCUAAUUAAUUGCCAGUACCCUGGAAUACGUAAAUCCGUCACCUUAUGACGGGACACCGCUCGCGUCGUCACAUCAUAAUUAGCGCCGAAAGCCCCGCUGUCGGCGGUGGCCGGCGGGCCGGCCGCGGCGGUGACCCGGUCGUGCUCCCCUGGCCGGUAGGCUGUGCCGCCGCGCCCGCCGCGGGCGGUGCCAGGGGCGGCCACGGCGCGGUGGCAGCCGGCGCGCGCCGCCAGUUCCCCUCGCGCGGCAUGGGUUGAGGUCCGGACGCUCUCAGUGACAGGUAACCGACCCAGGGCCGGCGGGACUCGGCACCAUGGCCGACAAGAUGAACGACCAGGAGCUCUACCAGCUGUUUGAGCGGCUGCAGAACUGCGUCGACCAGAUGCGCGUGAUGCAGAACCUGCAGGAGAAGGAGCACCACAACCUCUACAGGAGCAUUGUCAAGCUGGACAAGCAGGUGAGCUACCUGGCCUCCCAGCUGAGUGCGGGAAUCCCCACGAAGAAGGCGGCGCCGGCCGGGAAGCGGCGCCCGGCCGGCGGCAGCGGAGACAACGCCAAGAAGCAGUCACGGCCGGCACCCUCCGGCGACGAGCGAGAGGACGAGAAGAGACCCAGCACCGGCGAGGACCUCUCCUCGAACGAGACGGACAGCAGUCACGCCGAGCCGGGCGAGCACUCUCCGCGCGGCAGGAAGGGGCGCCGCUCGGAGCGCCGCUCCCGGCGCCACCGGCGCGCCAAGCGGGCCAGCGAGGGGCGCGCCCAGCCCGCCUCGAGCGGCCUCUCUGACGAGCCGCUGGUGCCGACGUGGACCGGGCCACCGGCCGACACGUUCGCCGCCCUCCAGCUGAAGCCCGAUCUGAUGACGGGCAUCCAGGCGUCUCCGUCGGGCGCCAGCGAGCCGACGCCGUUCCAGCGGAAGGUGCUGCCGGCGCUGCUGCAGGACGCCGACGUGGUGGUGCAGGCGCGCGGCAUCGGCGCCGACGACGGCAAACAGGCUGCCGUCGCGCUGGCCGUGCUCAACAAGGUGAACCCGACGCUGCGCGCGUGCCAGGCGCUCGUGCUGACAUCGUCACGGGACGCGGCCAAGCAGCUGCAUCGCGAGCUGGUCGGCCUGGCAACCUUCAUCAAGCCGCGUCUGACCUGCCAUCUGUCGAUCGGAGGCACGAGCGUGCGCGACGACCUGCGUGACAUGAGCGCCGGCUGCCACCUGGUGGUGGGCACGCUGGGCCGGGCGUUCGACAUGCUGCGCCGCGGCGCGCUCAAGGCUGCCGAGCUACGCAUGGUGGUGCUGGAUGACGUCGACACGAUGAUGACGCGCCGCUUCGACAAGGAUCACAUCUACGCCGUGCUGGGCGACGUGACUGCCGAGGUGCAGGAGCGGUUGCAAGUGAUGCUGUUCCUCUCGCUGAUGCACGAAGACAUUCCUAAGAUGAUCACACUGUUCGCCAAGGCGCCUGUGACGCAGGUACUGGUGGAGGCGCCGCCGCCGCCGUCCGGAGCUAAAGACGCACUCGGCAAGACGGCUGACGCCGGAGAGGGGACGAUAAAGAACCCAGGAUUGGAGGACGCUGUUAUGAAGCUGGCUGAGAAGCUCGGCGAGAUGAGUAUGCCGGUGCCGGUGCCGGAGAUCGUUCUGACCCAGCCCCCCAUGCCAGAGGCGAUCGCCCAGGGCGUUGUCGAGGGAUGAGCGCCCGAACUGCUCCGUAAGCGCGCUGAACGUCCCAGCCGCUCAUGUUAUCAGAGGUCCUAUUUUUGUUAAUAUACGCAUGUUAAACGAA